AUGAUUAAUCGAGACACUGGAUUCUAAGAUUUGGAAAGUGGAAUUCAGAGUAAUAAUAUCUCUUCUGGACACUUGGUUGAUAUUGAUUAACAAAGUCCUAUUGGAGGUUAAUUAUUAGAUCCUACUCUUGAAUUUUCUUAAUUAUAAUAACUAGAAGCUUUACGAAUGAAGAGAGAUAUAUUUGAUAAUUAUCACAAAAAUGCAAUUAAUUUAGGACAUAAGGCUGAUGUAAAUGAAGAAGAUUGUCUUAUGAGUAAUUUAAGGUAUUUAGAUUUGAUAUGUAAGUGGUAAAAGAAGUGAACCUUAAGGUUCUAUUAGUUCAAUCAGUUGCAAUUUAAGAAAAUAAAAACAUUUAACUGUAAAGACUGCCUAAAACAAAUCUAAUAAAUCAAUUUAAAUUAAAUAAAAGUUUGAUUAAGACGACUUUGUUAUUUCAUCCCCAAAUCAAAAUAAUGGAACAAUGAACUUUGGAUUAAAAUCAGAUGCGAAAAUAGCAAAAUUUUAGACAUUUGUAUAAUAAAUGGAAGAAUAGCAAGAACAAAAUGAAAAAACUAAAAGAGCAGAAGUUCAUAGAGAUACAAUAAAAUAACAAUCGUUGAUUCUAAGAGGGAAAAGUAAAGAAAUGAAAACUGGGUAUAGAUUUGAUUGAAUAAUAGUUUAAAUGAAGUAUGGGCAUAAAAGGCUUUGAUAAUUAUUAGAUUAGUUUCUCGUUUUAUUUAAUAAUUAAAAACAAAGACUGAAAGAAUAAAAUUUAGAUUGAUUACUAAAAGAAUAUUUGAAGUUAUAUGUGAUAAUAGUGCAAAUUUUGAGUAUAUGUUGAUAAAUAGAUUAAUAAAAUAGAAACCGAAUAUUAGUUUGAUAAUAUUUUACUAAAUUUAAAAUAAAGCUUCAAAGUUAUUGAUUUGGAUAGAAGCAAUUUAUGGUUUCUUUGCAAAAUAUGUGAAAGUGAUAAAACCUGAUAGUUUAUUUAAAAUAAUUUGGGAUAUAAUUCUAUUGUUAUUUAUUGUAAUGAACAUAUUUUAUAUUCCUAUAUACAUAAGUUUUGAUGUAAGAUCAGAAGGAGUAUUUGAAUGGAUCUUUGAUUUAUUACCUUCAUGGAUAUUCAUAGCAGAAAUAUUAUUGAAUUUUAAUACUGCUUAUUAUGAUAAAGGAUUGAUGCAUGAAGAUAGAAAAUAGAUAAUGAAGCAUUAUGUAAAAGGGAAUUUCUUUUGGGAUAUAAUAGUAAUAAUCCCAUUUUUGAUUUCAUAUAUGGAUAUACCAUUUGUUAGAUAUACUUUAUUAUUGAGAUUAACAAGAUUAUCACCAUUGAUGACAAGUAUAGAAGAGGUUUUAAAUUUAGAAGUAAGAUAUUGAUAAUUAUGUAUAAGGAUAAUAUGUAAGUAAUUUUAGAUUUAUUGAAAUUAAUAUUUUUUUUAUUAUUAACAGGGCAUUUUUGUGGUUGUGCAUGGCAUUGGGUAGCAGUGAUAGAAUAUUAAGAUUAUGGUGAAGAAUUAACUUGGUUAACUAAAUAUGCACCAAAUGCAAUGAAUUAUUAUUGGUUUGAUAGAUACAUAAUAUCCUUAUAUUGGAGUGUUAUUACUACAGUUACAGUAGGGUAUGGUGAUAUAGUUCCAGUAACGACAGUGGAGAGAAUAUUUGUGAUAACUGUGACUUUAUUAAUAUGUGGUGUUUUUGGUUAUUGUCUAUCGAAUAUCGGAAAUAUAUUUAAAUAGAUAUCAGAUAAGAAGGGCGUUUAUAAAUAGAGAAUAAGAGAAAUUAAUUAACAUAUAAGGAAGAGAGGGUUGAGUUACAAUUUAUAAUUAAAAGUAUCAAUUACAUUUAAGUGAUAAUAGGUUAAAAAAUAUUUCGAAUAUUUCUUUAAAGUAAAAUAAGAAGAAGAUUAACAUGCUGAAUAAUUUAUUGAAUAAUUAACAAAACAUUUAAGAGAAGAAGUUCUUAUUGAUAUUUACAGUAAAACAUUAACGUAAUCGCGUUUCUUAAGAGAAAACUUUAGUGAUGAAACUAUUCAUAGAUUAUGUCAAAUUGUUAAAGAAACAAAACUAUAUCCAGAAUAAUUGUUAUUCUAAAGAAAUGAUUCACCAAAAGCGCUUUGGUUUGUAUUAUCUGGAACAGUCGAAUAUGUUGCUGAUCAUCAAAGUAUUAUAACUCUUUCAUUCUUUUAGAUGAAGAUGAUCAUUUCUAUACAGAAACCUUUUUGAAGAAAGUUACAUAAGGGUAUAUAUAUUGUAAACAUCAUUUAAUAGAGCUGUUAUAGGAGAAAGAGAAUUCAUUUCAUAAACACCAUAUGAGUAUAAUGCCAGAGCUACUAAAUUUACUUAAUUAUUAGUAAUAGAGUAUUCAUUUCUAUUCAUUUCUUUAUUAGCUAUUAACAAUUCUAUCUAAUCCUCUAAGAUAAUAAUGAGGAAUUUGAAAAGUAUAGUAUGGCUAAAGAUAAUCUCAUAUUUAAUAGAAAUUAUAAAGCAUUUGGAUAAAUAUGUGAAAUCUGUGGAUGGACUCAUCGAUUCAUUUAGUAAUUCUCCAUAAACAAUUUUUAGAUGUCCAUUUGUAUUUUUAUAACCAAAUAAAAAUAAAAUUGCUAGUUCUUUUGCUUCUACUAAAACUAACAAAAGAUUAACCUUUCCUUAUAGGACUUUACCUAAAUCUAAUUGGAAAAAUAAUCUACCUGAUGUUUAAGAAGCAGCCUUAGGAUAUAUUGUUUUAAAUAAUAUCAUACCAGAAAAGUAAAAUUUAAAAAUAUACAAGAGAAAUAAAUGAUAAUUAUCUAAUUAAUCUUGGUUUUGAGUUAAAUGAUAAAGAAGAAGAUCCCUAAAGAUUAAUUUUAAAUAAAAAGAAUUCUGUGUUCAAAGAUUAAAAAAUAUUAUCAUAAUUCGAAAAUAAUCUACAAUAAUAAUAACCUACUCCAUAACCUUCAAUCUAAACUGUAUUACCUAUAGAUCAAAAAUCUUAAAAUCAAACUGCAAUCUUUCUUAAAGAUGGUUAAAGAGCUAGCAUUACUAAUGUAAUAUAAAUGUUUAAUUAUUUAUUAGGAAAGUAUAAUAGAUUGGGAUUAAGGUAGUUAAUUUAGAAAAAGUCUAAACAAAAUUAAACUGUAAGGCUUAGAUAGAGGCAAGACUCUCCAAUCUAUUAAAGGAAAGCUUCAUUAAAACAAUAAUGGGGCAGGUGAUUUAUUGGAUGAAUCAAUGAUUUAAGAAGAAGUUAAAAUACAAAAUGCAAAUGCAGGAUCAUAAAAUUAUAUACACAGCAAACUUAAAGUAGUAAAAAAUAAACAUAAUAAUAAUCAAAAUUCUAUUGGAAUUAGAAAAGUUUCUUGGUUAGAAUUUGAUAGUGGAACAAAUUAACAUUAAGGUUGAAUUAGAUAUUUAAAUUAUUAGAUAAUAAACCUACUUAUUUAUUAAAAUAAGUAAGUAAGGGAAGUGAAACUAAUUUUGAUCAAUCACAUGCUUCAUAUUCAUAAGAAAUCGAAAUUAAAUAAAGAAUAGAGGCAAGAGAAAAUAGUAUUAUAUCAAAAAAAACUAAUAAGUUUAUUUUUGUUAUAUAUUUUAUAGUGUUGAAGUUAAUCGAAGAAAAAAAAGAAGAAGAACUACCUAAUUGUUAUAAUUAUUUUAAGGCUCAGAAAUUGAUAAUAAAUCUACAAAAAAGGCAGAAAAAGAAGCAUAUAGUUCAAGUGUUUAUACAGCUGGAGUUCCUAGUAAUUCAGCUUUAGUAGAUUCAAAUAAUAAAUAUGAUAAUAAUGGAGAUAGUAAUAGUGUUCAUGUAGGAUAAUCUUUUGAUGGAAUAUAAAAGAGAAUAUAAGAUAUAGUUCGAGUUCAUUUUGAAAUGGAUUUAGAUGUUGCUAAAUAAUCGAAAAUCUAUUUCCCUGAUUUUAAUCUUGAUGUUGUUAUUUAAAGAAUUACUGUUUAUUAUGAUAAAUUAAGAGAAAAUAAAUAAGAAUUUGAUAUGAGAGAAAUGAAAAGAACUAAAACUAACUUUACUCUUUUCGAUCGUAUUAGAUAAGGAAAGAAUACAACAAUUAGAGGAAGUUUUAUUGAUAAAGAUAAAUCUCUUUAAGAUAAUGAUUGAGC